UAGGGUUUUAGUUCACGCUUUGUUCGCCAGGCUAGAAUUUUUUGUGAUGCGCUUUUGAAUGUUUGCAUGCCGAUCGCAAAACCUAGCGUAAUUUCACUACUAAUGGUUGCUUAUUAACUGUAUUUAACGAUGGGAGACGUAGCUUUGUUUGUGUUUUCACUGUUCGACACAGGAGCGUUGCUAUUUUUGACUGUUUAUGUUGUAAUCACACUGUCUGACUUGGAAUGUGACUACCUAAACGCACAGCAAUGCUGCUCCAAACUGAACAUGUGGAUACUCCCAGAACUGAUAGCGCAAGUAAUUGUAACAGUGUCCCUGUGCCUUGUCAACUUCCACUGGAUACUUUUCGUUCUAAAUGUACCCAUGGUGUGCUGGCAGUUAUACAAAUACAUAUCGGUGCCCGGAUGCAACUUCGGCGUGUUCGACCCAACGGAGAUUCACAAUCGAGGGAACCUGAAGAGGCACAUGCGUGACUCCAUGGUCCGCCUUGCGUUCUACCUAAUUUUUUUCUUUGUCUACUUGUACUGUAUGAUCAUUGCGCUCCUCACCAAAGCACCUUCUGGCGUCGGCAAUGCGGAGGAAUUCUAAAAAAGCAGGGGUCCGCUAACUCAAAGGAAUUUUUAAACUUUACUACUCACAAAGUAAACGAAGGACUGCCUGCAAACGUGACAUUGUGAACAAGCGACGGACUGUUACGAAAGGACACCAGCGGACACAUGACUCUUACGUAAUGCUGCAAAUGUUCCUAGGACAUUGUUUUCUGUGUCCUGGAACAAGUACUUCUGCUCGUAACACUACUGGGGUUGUUAGGGGGGUUAUCUGUUCGCUCAGUUCUGAAUGAAUGCAUGGCGAUACUGUGUGUCUGUCUGACUCUGUGCCGUGCUAGCGAUUUUGUAGUAGCCUGCAGGUUAUGGACUUUUUACUCCCUGCUGAAUACUACUCCCACGGAAAACUACUUAAAGCUGUCACUUCCAGCUGCUGCUUGUCAUUUUUCGUUGCUUCGACGACGGCGUCAUCAUCCCACCUAUGCUUUCUACGUUUCGUUGUUGCCAUGCAGUGUGAGGUUUUUUGUAGAAUAAAAGUGACAGAAGACGUGAA